AUUUUGCAGUGGAGCCACGCCCCUCCAUCGUGACCGACAUUAGUCACGUGACACGUCAACGUCACGCCUUCGUACGCUUUUGGACUCGGGCAGAAGACGAUGGCGGCCUCCUCAGGAGUUAAAGUCCCUCGUAAUUUUCGUUUGUUGGAAGAGCUGGAGGAAGGACAGAAGGGUGUCGGUGAUGGGACGGUGAGCUGGGGUCUGGAGGAUGACGAGGAUAUGACUCUCACACGGUGGACGGGCAUGAUCAUCGGACCUGCACGAACUAAUUACGAAAACAGAAUAUACAGCCUGAAAGUGGAGUGCGGACCCAAAUAUCCUGAAGUACCACCGAAUGUUAGAUUUGUAACAAAAAUUAGCAUGAACGGAAUAAAUAAUUCCAAUGGGAUGGUGGAUGCACGUAGCAUACCAAUUCUAGCAAAAUGGCAAAACUCAUAUAGCAUUAAAGUUGUUCUUCAAGAGCUAAGGCGUCUUAUGAUGUCCAAAGAGAAUAUGAAGCUUCCUCAACCACCGGAGGGACAGACAUACAGCAAUUAAUUGUAAAUGAUUGUUACGACCCUCUGUCUUAAACCUUACACUCUUAGAAAUGUCUUGUAAAUCAUCAGAAAAAGAAA